AUGGCUCCUGCUUCAUCUCUACUAGGGCCACCAGCUCUCCGCCAGCCUAAACCCACUUUUCACCAUCCCUCCACCCCUAUCUCAAGAUUCUCAACCUACCAACACCUUGCAGAGGGUCAAUACCUCGAGUCUUCUCUACCACCCUUGGACCCCUGCACCAAGUUUCUCUUAGAAGCCAUCGCACACCCCAAGAGCCGUUCCGAUUACAACUACGACUAUGACUACGACGAGCAACCAAAGGAUCUGGCUCACUAUCAAGGAGAGGCGUGGAAGCAUGACCCCCUCACCACUCUCAAGCUCAUAUGUAGUCUUCGAAUGACGGGGAAGCUCAACGAAGAUCGGUUUUACAAAGUCAUGUUGUGGGUGCACAAUAACCACCCUCUAACCAUGUCUUUGAAUGUCGUGGCUUUUGGGGGUUUAGGUAUGUUCAAGGAUCUUUUGGGGCUUCUGUAUAGGGUUUUGGAGGAUUCCAUAGAAAAACCAAACAACGAAUACUCGCGGUGGAAUUAUGAUUAUUCUCGGGAAGAAGAGACAUCAACAAAUAAGGAAGGUAUUGAUAAUAAUUCUAGGGCUAAAACCGCCGUUGAGAGGUACCAAAACGACUCAGAUUAUCGAAACUUCCAUGACCGGAUAUCGGAGAUGUUUGCAGAACUUCUGAGAUCCGAUCUCAGGUUUUUGGAGUCGGGUGAGGUUGAAAAAAUCAGCUUUGCUUCCAAAUUUUGUCCUUCAGUCAAUUCUUCAUAUGAUAAAGCCACGCUGAUAUGUGAAAAUAUAGCAAGGAGAAUGUUCCCGAAGCAUUGGUAUGAAGAAUACAAAGAUGUUGAGGAAGCUCAUUAUGCCUACAGGGUUCGUGAGCGCCUGCGGAAACAGGUACUCAUUCCUCUGCGCAAAGCCUUAAAAUUAUCAUCGGUGGAGAUGAAGAAUACGUUGGCUUUCGAAAACAGCAAAGCCUUUAAUGGUUUGAAAAUAUACAAGGAGAUUUCUAACCAUGGUUAUCUAAAGGGAAGCAAAUUACUAUUUCAAAAGUGCAUGAAGCUUGUGGAGAUGUUUGGGAAUCCAAGCAUUGGUGACGGGCUGAAACUUCCUAACGAUAUUGUAGCUUCCUUGAUGAGCAAGGAACAUAGUGAUGAAAUUGUGGAGCGUCAAUGGCGGAAACUAGUCCAAGAGUUGUCAAACCAAGGCAAGCUGAGGAAUUGUCUUGCCGUGUGUGACCUUCCCUUGAACAUGAGAGGGACAUACAAGGAGACAGCUUGUAUUUCACUGGGGUUAUUGAUUUCAGAGUUGAGCGAAAAUCCAUGGAAAGGAAAGGUUUUCUCAUUCAAUGAAACUCCAACACUCCAAAAGAUCGAAGGAGACGAUCUUGAAUCCAAGUGUGAGUUCAUGAGACACAACAUAGGGUGUGGAGACAAAGUUGAUUUCUUCAAGAUUUACAACCAAGUCUUGCAAAUUGCCAUUGAACAAAAGCUAAGCAACGAGCAGUUGCCCAAGAGGAUUUUUGUGCUCACUUAUAGGGAUUUCGAGGCGGCUUCCAAGAACAAUUGGGCAGAAGAUUAUAAAGAGGCAUGGACUAAUUACAGAAGAAGAGGGUACGCAAAUGUACCACUGGUGGAGGCUAGGACUCAAUACAAAAAGAAAGGGUACAAAACUCUGCCACACAUUUUGUUUUGGAAUCUUAAGAAUUCCAUUGCUGAGCCAGAGAUAAUUUGUAGCCCUGUUAAUAACAAAUGUGGGGGGCUGAUUAUAACUGGGUUGUCGAACUGUUUGAUUAGUAUGUUCUUAGUGGGAGAGUCGGAUUCGAGAACAUAUGCACCUCAUGUCCAGGCACCUUAUGGUAUCGGUUCGCUGUCGAUACUGAAAUUUCUUCCCAAAGCUGAGGAUGUGAUGAAAUCUGUAUUUUUGAGAGAUGAAUUAUUAAAGAACCUCCUUAUAUUGGAUUGA